AUGGACGUCAACGUUGUAUCUAGUAACGGAGGAGAACCAAUGUCUCCUCCUCCUCCUGCGAAAAAACGACGCUUUGGCCAAGAGAUGAACAGAGUGGCGGAGAUUGUGCUUGUUAUAUCGGCGUUAGGGAGGAUGCGAGGAGGGAAAGCCCCUACGGAUAUGGAACUCGAGCUGAUGGUGGAAGCUAGGUCGAAACUAGCAGAGAUGUGUCAAGAGUUUACUCCUAAGGAUAUCAUCGGUGGAGAUGAUGUUAGAGGUUUGAUUGAAGAUAUGGGUUUGAAUUGUAGAUCAGGUUUCAGAGCUCCUAAGAUCACUAUCUCUGAGAAGAUGUCUCUUGGCAAAAGAAAGAUGGAAGAAGCAAAACAGUUUAUGACGCCUAUGGUGUCUCACUUGUCACGGCCGAACAAUGGUGUUGCAUCUCCAGGUCUUGAAGGAAAGAAUGUUUAUGUGGCUAAUAAGUGGAUUGGUAGUGAAGUUACUACGGUUAAUCCAGCUGGGAGCCAUCUCAGGCCUAAGAUGAUGCUUAAUGGUGCUACUUCUGAGGGCACUGCAACUUACUAUGCUGGAUCCUGGUCUGCCCAACCUCAAUCAACUAUAUCAUUCGGUUCUGCUCCAAGUAAGAAGGUGCCUAUUCAAAGUUCUGUCGUGGUAAGAGAUCCAAACUUGAGGCCAUUCAUGUCUCAAACUCCACAUGGUACAUUCUCGGGCACAAAUCAGCGGAUGCAGGGAGUGCAUUAUGGUCAGACUUCUUUGUUUCAAAACAACCAUGGUGACAUCGUUAAGAUAAUCCAUAAUUUUCUGCAUCUACGGGUCAAACAGAAUCCUGUGUGGAAUCCACCGUCCAGUGAUUAUAUGAGCAGAGCAAUGACAUGCCAGAUGUGUGAAGUUAUAAUCAAUGAAGUAGACACUAUACUGAUUUGUGAUGCCUGUGAAAAAGCAUACCACUUGAAAUGUCUGCAGGCAAACAAUUUGAAAGGGAUUCCAAAAUCUGAAUGGCAUUGCUCAAAAUGUGUACAUGCAUCCAAUGGGAAGCCAUUCCCUCCUAAAUAUGGUCGUGCCGUAACUACAGUGAAGAAGGUUGGAUCAAUGGAUACAAAGGUUAAUCUACAGAAACCAAUUGUAGCUACGGGUCCCAGAGUACAGAAUCUUCCUGGCUUUGUUUCUGGAGCAGCAACUGCAUCUCAUUCUGAGUCUGCUAGUGUGAAUGCAAAAACAAUUGCAAUCGAAGCAAAGACACAAGGAUUUAAGGAAAGUCUUAUCCGUUGUACCAAGCCUCCAGCAUUGGUAUCACUUAACAAGACUCAAAAUCCUACAGCAAUUGCAAGUAAAAGUGUUGGCACUAUGAGCAGCACUUCUCCAUUACCUGUUGGUAACCUGGUUCCCGUGAAUGCAAUGUCAAAUGCUACUUUGAGUACACCAGUAACUUCUAGCCUUGUAGCAGAAGCCCCUUCAGUUGCUGAAAAUGGAGACAGAAGGGCGUCUGGUACUGCUGACCGUUCUAUGCUAAAUACUGAGCUUACACCUCAAGUGGAGGCGUUGACUGUUACUUCGAGUGGCAAUUCUCAACCGGAAGUGUCACAUUCUGAGACUGCAAAAGCAACUGAAGAUGCAGCUACAGACGCUCUGAAUGAUAUGACAACACCAGAGAACGGUCAAGAAUCAAGCAAGGAUGCCACUGAGAAAUUUACUUCUGAACCUUGCCAGAACCAGACAACAGAAACCCCAUCCGCAGUUGUAUCAGAUCAAGAUUUGAAGAUGACUGCCGAUACAUCGAUGCCAAAAGAUAAUUCAGCUUACCAGACAGAGGAAACAGCGUCUCAGCCUCCUUCAGUGUCAUUUAACUAUCAUUCACAAACCGAGAAGGGAACACCAAAUGUUCAAGAUUCUUUACAGAAUGUUCCGGAAGAUUCGCAAGAAGGCAAAGGGUUGAUUGGUUUAGAUGAUAGACAUCAGGAACAGCCUUCAGAUUCUGAGUUUCAUAAAUGA